CACUGUCACUUCCUAUGCUGAGUGGGGAAGGGGAGGAGAGGCAGCACUGGAGCACUUUUUAAAAAGAGGAGGUCAAUGAUCCAGCAGCUGCCUUGAUAGAAGAAUCUGGCAAAGGAGGAAGGCCAUCCACUGGUCCAGGUGGAGGCUGUUUGGAGAGGACGGGAAAAUGAGGACAAAGCUGGACUCAGCCACUCCAGAAGAAAGAAAAGGCCCUGUUGCCAUGGAGCCUGUGAGCAGAAGGGGACUGUGGGAAGGAACCUUGCAGAAGAGCCUGGGAGAGGAUUUUCCCCCUUCAGAUGUGCAGCGACAGCACUUCAGGCAAUUCCGUUAUCGAGAGGCUGAUGGGCCCCGAAAGAUCUGCAGUGAACUCCACCGCCUUUGCCUCCAGUGGCUGAAGCCAGAAAGGCACAGCAAGAAGAAGAUCCUGGACCUGGUGAUCCUGGACCAGUUCCUGGCCAUCCUGCCCCCCGAGAUGGAGAGCUGGGUCAGGGAAUGUGGGCCGGAGACCACUUCCCAGGCGGUGGCCCUGGCAGAAGGGUUCCUCCUGAGCCACGCAGGUGACAAGAAUCCAGGCCAGGAGGUGCAGGAAAGGAUCAACUAUUGCCACAGAGCAGCUUUUCUGGGCGAGGCCUUGAAACCAACAAUAAAAUCUUUGCUGUAUCUUUGCAGCAGGGAGAAAUCGACUUCUAUGGGGCCAAACCAGGAUCUGGUGACCUUCGAGGAGGUGUCUGUUCAUUUCACUGAGGAGGAGUGGGCUCUACUGGAUCCGGAAAAAAGGAGCCUUCACAAGGAAGUCAUGGAGGAGAAUUUUCGGAAUGUGGCCUCUCUGGGAUUUACCAGUCUCCUGGGUUUUACUGAGACUGAUGAUUGCCAGAGAAAGCCUGAAGAAGAUCCACAACAACUUCCAUUAGAAGGUGAACAGCAGAGGAGAAGCAGUGGGAAAAAACAGGUGAAGAGGCAUGAAUCAACCCUUCAGCGAAUCCACCCAGGGGAGAAACAAUAUAUAUGCAUGGAGUGUGGGAAGAGCUUUGCUCAGAAGAAAGAGCUUACUGUACAUCAACAAAUUCACAGAGUGGAGAAACCAUUCAAAUGUGUGGACUGCGGGAAGAUGUUUACUUACAAUGCACAUCUUACUGAGCAUAGACGAAUCCACACAGGGGAGAAACCCUAUAAAUGUCUGGAGUGUGGGAAGAGCUUUGCUCAGAGUUCCAACCUUCAUUACCAUAAACGAAUCCACACAGGGGAGAAACCAUAUAAAUGUCUAGAGUGUGGAAAGAGCUUUGUUCAACGUUCACACUUUACUGGCCAUCAACAAAUCCACACAGGGGAGAAACCAUAUAAAUGUUUAGAGUGUGGAAAGAGAUUUUCAUCUAAAAAAGACCUUACUGUCCAUCACAGAAUCCACACAGGAGAGAAACCAUAUAAAUGUGGGGAGUGUGGGAAGAGCUUUGCUCAAAGUUCACAAUUUAGUGGCCAUCAAAAAAUCCACACAGGGGAGAAACCAUAUAAAUGUUUGGAGUGUGGAAAGAGCUUUUCAUCUAAAAAAGACCUUACUGUCCAUCACAGAAUCCACACAGGAGAGAAACCAUAUAAAUGUGGGGAAUGUGGGAAGAGCUUUUCAUCGAAUAAUAGCCUUACUGUUCAUCAACGAAUCCACACAGGAGAGAAGCCAUAUAAAUGUGGGGAGUGUGGGAAGAGCUUGGCUUCAAAUACACAGCUUACUGUCCAUCAACGAAUCCACACAGGAGAGAAGCCAUAUAAAUGUGGGGAGUGUGGGAAGAGCUUUGCUCAGAGGUCCAGCCUUACUUACCAUAAAAAAAUCCACAAAGGAGAGAAACCAUAUAACUGUGCUGAGUGUGGGAAGAGCUUUACUCAAAACAUCUACCUUACUAUCCAUCGACGAAUCCACACAGGAGAGAAACCCUACAAAUGUGUGGACUGUGGGAAGAGCUUUGCUUGGAAUAAACAUCUUACUGCCCAUCAACGAAUUCACACAGGCGAGAAGCCAUAUGAAUGCUCGGAGUGUGGAAAGACCUUUGCUUGGAGGAGACAGUUUAAUGUUCAUCAAUAUAGCCACACAGGGGAGAAACCAUACAAAUGUUUGGAGUGCGGGAAGACAUUUUCUCGAAGUGAUCAUCUUACUGAUCAUCGACGAAUCCACACAGGGGAAAAGCCAUAUAAAUGUUUGGAGUGUGGGAAGAGCUUUGCCCAGAGCUCCAAACUUACUUACCAUCGACGAAUGCACACAGGGGAGAACCCAUAUAAAUGUUUGGAGUGUGGGAAGAACUUUGCUCAGAGUGGAGAACUUUCUGCGCAUCAACGAAUCCACACAGGGGAGAAGCCAUAUAAAUGUGUUGAAUGUGGGAAGAGCUUUGCUCAGAGCUCCCACCUUACUUACCAUCAACGAAUGCACACAGGGGAGAAACCAUAUAAAUGCAUAGAGCAUGAGAAGAGUUGUGCUUCAAGUACAGAACUUACUGUCCAUCAAGAAAUCUACACAGGUUAAAAAUCAUAUAACUACAUAGAGUGAGGAAAGAGUUUUAUUCCAAGGGCCAACUGUAUUUUGACAGAUCCACAUAGGGGAGAAACCAUAUAACUGUUUGAAGUGUGGGAAGAGCUUUACUCAAAGCUUCUACCUUACUGUCCAUCAACGAAUCUACACAGUGAAGAAGCCGUAUACGCGUGUGGAGUGUGGUAAGAGUUUUCUCAGAGUUUACAGCUUACUGUCCAUCAGUGUAUCCACAGAGGGGAGAAACCAUUUAAAUGUGUGAAGUGUGGGAUGAGCUUUGUUUGGAGUACAGAUUUUGCUUCCCAUCAAUAAAUCCACACAGGUCAAAAAAUAUAUAAAUGCAUGGAGAGUGGAAAGAGCUUUGCUCAGAGGGCCCACCUUACUGUCCAUCAAUGAAUCUACACAAUGGAGUAACCAUACCAAUGCAUGGAGUGGGGAAACAGCUUUUCUCAGAGUUCAGGCCUUAGUGUGCAUCGACAAAUCCACUCAAGAGAGAAACCAUGUAAGUGCUAAGAGCCUGGAAAAAGGUUACUUUUAAAAUAUCAUCUUGUCACAUAUCAAAGAAUUCACAAAGAGAGAAAAUACAUAAAGGGCUUUUCGCAGGGUUUAUGAGGUACAGUGAAAGUCCGGAAGUUUUCAAGGGCUGGGGGAGGGAGAGAUUUUAUAUCUUUUUAAUUUGGAAUUUUUAAAAUUGUUUUGUAAACCACCUUGAAUCAUGUACAAACAUGGGAUAUGUUUUAAUAAAUUACUAAAAAAUAAAUGCUGCCACUGCAGCAGCAGCUUCAGCCCCAAGCCCAUUUUUGCCAUGAAAUCUUCACAGCUGAGCAGUAGGAUAAAUCUUUGGAAUUAUCACUUAGCAUCUAGCAUUUUUAUGCUAAAUUCAGCCUAUCUUUUACACCUUUGGAUUUGCUUUGUUCUAUUCCCAGCUAAAAUAAUUGGUAUACAGCUUAUUAUAAAAUCGGAGUGUUUUUACCUAUGCCAUUAACACAUGUUGAGGAGGGGUGUCACAGACAUUAGGGUUAAUACAGGCCAGGCUGUGAGGUGGAGGUUGUCUCUGGUUGAUGAUCUCGCCUGAAUAUAGACAAAUGCCAUGCUUCUUUGUUGCAGUGGCCAUACCAUCUUUUUUCAGCUGGAACACUGUGGAAUGGAGU